AUGGUGUUAACUAAAGACAAUCAGAGCACUGUGGCUACGUUCAUCCUCUUGGGCUUCUCAGAAUACCCUGACCUCCAGCUACCCCUCUUUGUGAUCUUCCUGACCACCUACGUUGUCACGGUGCUGGGGAACCUGGGCAUGAUCCUGAUCAUCACGAUCAACCCCAAACUCCACACCCCAAUGUACUUUUUCCUCAGCCACUUGUCCUUUGUUGAUUUCUGUUAUUCCACGACAGUCACACCCAAACUCUUAGAAAACUUGGUUGUGGAAGACAGAACCGUCUCCUUCACAGGGUGCAUCACGCAGUUCUUCUUGGCUUGUGUAUUUGCUAUUGCAGAAACGUUCAUGUUGGCUGUGAUGGCCUAUGAUCGUUUCGUUGCAGUUAGUAACCCCCUGCUAUACACAGUCGUGAUGUCCCCAAAAUUGUGUGCAUCUUUAGUGGCUGGGCCCUACACAUGGGGUAUAGUUGCUUCCCUAACCCUCACUUGUUUUCUGCUCACAUUAUCCUUCUGUGGCUCUAAAACGAUAAAUAACUUUGUCUGUGAGCACUCUGUCAUUGUUUCCGUCUCUUGCUCUGAUCCCCACAUCAGCCAGCUCCUUUGCUUUGCUGUUGCUGUAUUCAACGAAGUGAGUAGUUUGAUGAUCAUUCUCACUAGUUAUAUUUUCAUUGUUGUCACCGUCAUAAAAAUGCCCUCUGCUGGAGGAAGCCAAAAAGCCUUCUCCACCUGUGCUUCUCACCUGACAGCCAUCACCAUUUUCCAUGGGACUGUCCUGUUCCUUUAUUGCGUACCUCACUCCAAAAACUCAUGGCUCAUAGUCAAAAUAGGCUCUGUGUUUUACACAGUCAUGAUUCCUAUGCUGAACCCCCUAAUUUACAGCUUCAGGAACAAAGAUGUGAAGGAGACUGUCAGGAAGUUAAUGGGCAUGAUUAUGAUGGUUUAA